AUGCUCUCCCUUCCGCCAUCUCUUACCGUUCCGCCAUGGCCCUUCUUUCCUCCGACAGCCGCGACACCGCGCAAGGAGCGGGCGCGGCAUGGCGCCACGGAGGAUCUGAUUCUGCGCAGCGUCGUGCGGCCGAUGCAGGCCAUCGCGGAGAACAGGAAGGUGAGCGUGCGUGAGUCGGGGAAAGGGUGGGUGGAGGGGGGGGGGGGGGAGUGUGCGCGGGGGGGGGGGGGGGUGGGGGGGGUUCGGGAAGGGAAAGGGGAGAGGAAGGGGGGCGGGGUGGAGGGGGGAGGAAGGAAGAAUCCGCUGAUAGCAGAGAACAGGAAGGUGGCAGCGGAGGCACACAUGGAGCGCAGUGAGAGCAGGGAAGCGGGCCUGUGUGCGGCUGUUGUACACCUGCAGGCACAGCGGCUGUACAUCGGCGUGAAGAGUACGGAACAAGUAACCCUCUCUCCCUCCCCUACUCUCCCCUUCCCUUCCACCCUUUCUCUCCCCUACUCUCCCCUUCCCUUCCACCCUUUCCCUCCCCUACUCUCCCCUUCCCUUCCACCCUUUCCCUCCCCUACUCUCCACUUCCCUUCCACCCUUUCCCUCCCCUACUCUCCCCUUCCCUUCCACCCUUUCCCUCCCCUAAUCUCCCCUUCCCUUCCACCCUCUCCCUCCCCUACUCCUCUCUCAUCCACCCUCUCCCUCUCCCUCCUGUGCUCCCUGAUUUCUACGAAUCGCCUCUCCUUCCAGGAAGCUUCUGUGGGGCGGGGAUUCAUCGGUGGUGCAUUACUCACCGGAGGCUCGGAGACGCACCGCUCACCCUACCACCUCAACAUCCUAGGCGAGCUGGAUGGAGCAACAGCAGCAACAGCAGCAUCGGCAGCAGCAGGCAGAACCCCAUCUUCUGGUGCUGGCAGUGCUGGUGGUGCUGGCAGUGCUGGUGGUGCUGGCAGUGCCAGUAACGCUGCCAUUGGUGGCAGUGGUGGCAGCUACAGCGGCGGUGAUAAUUAUGGUGGUGAUUAUAACGAUGAGCCAAGGCCUGGGACGCCCCGGGGAGAGACUGAGAAAGAGGCUCGGUUGCUGGGAGCGUCUAGGUUCGGCCCGAGCCAAGGGAUGGAGGCUCGGCAAGGGGAGAGGGGUCGGCACAACAGGGGGAUGUCUUGGGCUGGUCCUGAGUUAAUGGGGGAAGGGAGUGGGGGGUUCAGAAUUUCACCUGGUGGGGGGGAUGGCAGGGGUGUGGGUGCAUGUGAUGGUGUGGGUGGGGGGGCUGAUGGUGGGGGUUAUAAUGGUGGGGGUUAUAAUGGUGGGCAGUGGCGCUACACUUCUCAUCUUGCUUCCCCUACUUCCGCCGGCCUCCCUCCCAUCCCAUCACCCUCCUCUACCACCACCUCGCGGCCCAACAUUGCGGAUCAAGUGGUGGCACUGGCAGGGCAGUGGGAGGUGCUUGCACAGAUGGGGGGGGCGAGGCAGGGGGGAGAGGGGGCAGGGGGAGCAGCAGGGGGAGCAGCAGCGGGGGCAGGUACUGCUGGGGGAGGUGGGGCUGUUAGACCGGCUCAGGCGACUGAUCUGUCCUCCCGCCCCCGGCGCACUGUGCCGAAACAUUUCCGGGCAGGUAGCUGGGAUCCGGGCAGGUUAGGCCUGAGUGAGGACUCGUUUUUGGAGAGUGUGAGAGGAGGAGGGACAGCAGGGGCAGGGAAAGGGGCAGGCGGAAAAGGAGGAGGGGGAAGCGGAGGGGGAGGGGGGAGGGGGAGGGGGGAGGGGGAGGUAGCAGGACUCCCCCCUUGCCUCCGGAAGGGACGGCAGCCGGAGGGAAAGGAGGAGGAAGCUUCCGAAAGGGAAUGCUGCGAAGGAAGGGGAGCGGGCAGUGGGGGGAGGGCCUUGGCGGAUGGAUGGGCGGAGGGGGGAGGUGGGGGAGGAGGAAGAAGAGGAGUCGAUGGGGGAUUCGGGGCGGAGAGAGCUAACGGGGAUGAUGGAGAAGAGGAGCAAGGCAACAGCAUGGAAGGAGGGGCGCCCCUGCGCCGUGCUCUCUCCUCCACCUCCCCGGGCCUCUCCUCCUACCCCAUGGAUGCCCAUGCAGGGUUCGCUUCGGGCUUGCUCACUGCUUUCCCCGCCACUGGCUCGCCGGACCUGCCAGGCUCGGCGCCCGGACGUCGCGGUGCUGGUGAGGCUUGGCACAGGCUGCCCAAGAUGCCGUCCAGCAAUGGCCGGCUCGGCGAGGAGGGCCGGCCGGGGCUGCUGGAGGUUGGGCGGGGAGGCGGGGGGUUGGUUCGGGAUUGGAUCCUGGGGCAGGGUGCAGCAGGAGGGCAGGGAGGGGAGGGGGAGGCAGGGAGAGAGAGGGAGGAAACAUCUGGAAGAGGGGGAGGAGGGGGAGGAGGGGGAGGAGGGGAAGCGGAAGAGGGGAGUGUGAGUGGGAGCAGCAGCAGGAGUGGAUUGGACAUGGAUAUGCUGAUGGGGGAGUUGCAGCAGCUGAGACAAGAGGCCCUUGCGAAGCAAGUAGCGGCCCAAGCUCAGUUCUGCAAGGUGCUGUGCGGUGCUGUGCUGUGCUCUCCCUCGCCAUGCCAUGGUGUAUCGUCUCAAGUCAAGUGCCGUGCUAGUGGCAUGGGCAUGGGGCGUGCUGCUGCUGCUGCUGUUGUGGUCAGAUCUAGACGAGGGAGUGGGGGAGCCGGGUAUGAUGCAGAGGUCUGGGAGGAUGGGGAGGAAGAUGAAGAGGAGGGGGAGGAGAGGGACGAUGGAGAAAGGGGCAGGAGUGGGCAGGCUCCUGGGCCUACCGCUGCUGUGGGCAACCAUCCUGUUGCAGACCCCAACGACGAUGCAGGAAGCUGCUCCUCCACCUCUUCAUUCGACUCCACGGAGUUUGUGCGCAAGGUCACGGAGCGCGCCCGCCUCGCUGCCUCCGCCUCUGCCAACGCUGCCUCUGCUGCUGCCGCCGGUGCUUGCAGCGCAGUAGAUGGGCACCACACACCCACAGACCUCUCCCCCAACAUCACCUCCUCCUCCUCCCUCCAUCCCCCUCCCAGCCACCACUCCUCCUCCCUCCACGCCCCUUCUCUCUCCGACUCUCUCGACCCCUCCGCCCAUGCCUCCUCCUCCGCAGAUUGCCGCCGCUUCUCCCUUCCCCAACUCCUCGAAUGCACCGAUGGCUUUUCCGACGGGAACCUUCUGGGAAGGGGUGCGUACGGUCCGGUAUACCGAGGCCAGCUGUUCGGGUGCCUGGUGGCAAUCAAGAAACUGGAACAGGGCAGCGACCAAGGUCCGGCGGAAUUCCGAACCGAAGUGGAGGUUCUGAGCAAGGUUCGGCACCCACACAUUGUGCUCUUAAUGGGUCACUGCCCGGAAGAAGCUUGUAUCGUGUACGAAUUCCUCCAGGGCGGGAAUCUCCAGGAGAGGAUCGUCCGGGCGGGGGACAACCCUCCGCCGCCCCUCCCCUGGCACGAUCGAAUCAGAAUCAUAUCGGAGAUCUCCGGCGCGCUGCUCUACAUGCACCGGCAUGACCCGCCGAUUCUCCACCGGGACUUAAAGCCCGACAACAUUCUCCUAGACGCCAACUCCAUCUCGAAAAUCGCCGACGUGGGCCGCGCUCGGCUGAUCCCCAACGAGGUCUCGGCAGUUACCUGGAAGGUGCGGGGCACAGCCGGGUACAUCGACCCAGAGGAGCUUCAAACGGGAGAGCUGUCGGUGAAAUCGGAUAUCUACGCGUUUGGUCUGAUCGCGCUGCAGCUGCUGACAGGGCUGAAGAAUGUGAAGCUGGUACACGGGUUGCUGGCGGCGUGCGGCACGGGCACGAGAAACACCGAGGAGGCGACAGAUUUGAUUGUGAAGAGCCUGGAUCGGUCGGCUGGGAAGUGGCCGGAGAGGCUAGUGAGGCGGGCGACGAGGGUGCUGGUGCGGUGUAUUGAGAGAAGGAGAGUGAAUAGGCCGGAUCUGGGAGGGGAGAUUCACCCGCUGCUGGGGGAGAUUGCAGAGGAGGCGAUGGAGGAGAAGAACAGGCGGGCUAAGGAGCUUGACGGGCGGUUUGUGUGCCCUCUGUCUCAUGUAGGUGUUGCUUUCUUGCUCUCCCCCUCUUUCUCGCUCUCUCCCUCUUUCUCGCUCUCUCCCUCUUUCUCGCUCUCUCCCUCUUUCUCGCUCUCUCCCUCUUUCUCGCUCUCUCCCUCUUUCACGCUCUCUUCACCCAUGUAG